AUGAAUCUACUCACUUUGUUAACAACUAUAUUAAUCUGUUUUUCGGUGCUAAUCAAUGCAUAUCCACAACCCUUAGCAACAGCUCAUAAACACACAAAUAACUGGGCAGUUUUAGUGUCAACAUCUAGAUUCUGGUUUAAUUAUCGACAUAUGGCCAAUGUAUUAUCCAUGUAUAGAACAGUUAAACGAUUAGGUAUACCAGAUUCACAAAUCAUUUUAAUGUUAAGUGACGAUGUUAGCUGUAAUUCAAGAAACUUAUUUCCAGGUGCAGUUUUCAACAACAAGGACCAUAUGUUAGAUUUGUACGGUGAAAGUGUAGAAGUUGAUUAUAGAGGCUAUGAAGUCACAGUCGAAAAUUUCAUAAGAUUAUUGACCGACAGGUGGGACGAAGAUCAUCCUAAAAGUAAAAGAUUGUUAACGAACGAAAACUCCAAUAUAUUUAUAUAUAUGACCGGGCAUGGUGGAGCUGAUUUUUUAAAAUUUCAAGAUGCAGAAGAAAUUGCCUCCUUGGACAUUGCUAACGCCUUCCAUCAAAUGUAUGAGAAAAAAAGAUAUAAUGAGAUUUUCUUUAUGAUUGACACUUGCCAAGCAAAUACCAUGUACUCCAAGUUUUAUUCCCCAAAUAUCUUAGCUUGUGGGUCUAGUGAAUUUGAAGAAAGUUCUUACUCACAUCAUUCAGAUGUAGAAUUGGGAGUUGCCGUCAUUGACAGAUUCACAUACUAUUCUCUAGAGUUCCUAGAAAACAUUAAAGAUAAAACUUCAAACUUAACAAUGAAAGAUUUGUUUGAUUAUUUAACUUUUGAUAAAGUGCACUCCCAUACUGGGGUUAGAACGGAUUUGUUUAAAAGAAAUGUGUCUGAUGUACUAAUUACUGAUUUUUUUGGCAAUGUUCAAGAAAUAAUACCUGAUUUAUCAGAUAGUGAUGGUAAUAAUAUUAAGCAUGGUAUAAAUGACGAGGAAGAUUAUUAUAUCGAAAAGACAGUUUUAGAUUUAGCUAUAGAAGCUAGUGGAAAUAGUAGCGAUGUUUUGGAAGAGAACAAAACUAACACUUUAGUGCUAAAAGAAAAUGACAUUAAUAAAUAUUUACACAACACAAUUAAAAGUGGACAUGAUGCUGCCAAUUCUAAGGGGGAAGGACCAAUUACUUGGUGGAAAACAUUGGCUAGCACCACAAAUGGUGUCAUAUUCACGACACUAUGUUUUAUUUUAUAUAAGUUUGUUAUUGUUACAGAACCUAAAAAUUAA